AGCUAUGACAUGACCAGAGCAAGUGACACACAGUCGCUUGAGAAGACUCAUGAUAAUAUCCCGAUAUGGAAGCUCUCUUAAAGUCGAAACAUUAUGACGGUCCCUUCAACAUGGAGGACAUUGUGGUGGAAUACCAGCAUGACAAAGGCGGUAUAAUCGUAGCGAACAAGGAAGCUAGAUAUGAGAACAACACGGAACAGAAACUUUAUCCUGCUAGUGAGGAGGAAGUGAGCGCAGCAGGGGCGAUCCGCGCAAAGGUGCAGCGAGGUGCAUCCUACAACAACGGCCACACUGACAGAGAGAACCGUUUAUCUCCGGUGAACGUUACUGAAACCUCCCUCCACGUCCCCAAUGGAAACAUUGAUGAGUCGCCUCGGAGGAGACUAGAAAGACUACUAAGGACCCCGACACUUGACCUGGUUACUAGCCGGGAGAUUGAACCUCCGCAACCUCAUCUUCCUCCUCGUUCUCGUAGCAUGUCUCCUCAUGAUAUAACCCAGUACCAAGUCCAACGGCCCAACAUGGUACGGAAAGCGGAGACAAUAAGAAACGUGUUUCCUCACGCAGUCGACAACAUCAGGUCACCUCGCGAGCAUCAGAAAAGUCUAGGAGCGUUCAACCUUCCCGGUCUCAUGUACGAGAAUGGAGAUACUGGUAGUGGAGGGAAUGGAGGAGGAGCUGGGGGUAAGGGAGGAGGAGGUAGCAUUUACGAUGGUGGCGGAGGCGGUGGUGGUGGCGGUGGAGGUGGUGGCGGAGGGGGAGGUGGUGGUAGUGGUAGUGGAGGUGGUGGCGGUGGUGGCGGUGGAGGUGGAGGAGGUGGUGGUGGAGGCGGUGGUGGAGGUGGUGGAGGCGGUGGUGGUGAUGAUGAUUUUGUGGAAAUCCCAAGAGCUGGAAUCGGCAUGUACCAGAGUAAACUUGAACGAGACUUUGAUGUUAACAAGGAGCUUCUAGAAAUCGCCGAGUCAGGGGACCAUGUACGAUUGGAAGAGUUCCUAAAGGCACAAGCAGGGAUUGUUGACGUGAAUUAUAAACAGUUGUAUAAAUACCACGCCUACUACCCUGAUAUUCUUAUUCCUGAUGCUAAAACCCCGUUAACCUGCGCUGUGAGGAGCCAGUCCUUACCUUGUGUAGAACUCCUGAUAAAAGACGGAGCCAAGGUGACCACUAACCACAAGGAAAUACUGUAUGAUCCGGACCAUGCUUUGUCCUUGUCGCCGCUGGCCGCCUCUGUUAAGCUCAAGCACAGGAAAAUAGCAGAGUUUUUGGUGGAAAAGGGAGCAGAUAUCAGGAUAACAUUCAUUCUCCUAUCCAACGUUUUCGACCCAUUCCUUUUCAAGAUAUUUGAGGCGAGCAAUAUUGAAAGCUUGUCGCCCUCCAGCAGUUUAAGCAGAUCCAAACCACCAGAUUUGGAUGGGUUGAAGGAGCUUAUACAUCCAGAUAUCCUCUGCGCUUGGCCCUCACCUAUCGAUAUAGCCUUCAAGGUGAGCAAAGCGUUUGAAUUUCUAAAAGGAAUCAAGGAAGAAUACAGAAAAGACUUUGCUGCAUUAGCUGCUCAAUGUGACAAGUUUGCCUACGACUUCUUGAGUCAGUGUCAGACUCCCAAUGAAGCUAGGGAUCUACUUGGUAGAGCUGGAUUCCUUGAUGAGGCUAUGGACGCCAAUAAAAAAGAGUUUGUAGCACAUCCGCUAAGUCAGCAGCUCCUGAAGAUGGAGUGGCAGAAGGGUGACGCCUCUUAUUUGAGCACCGCUAACUUCAACGGAUGGUUCUACGCCUUUCUCAGAGUCCUUGUUUUACCACUUUUAGUCCCGUUUUCGUUUCUGCAAUUUCUCGUGUCGAAUGAGAGCAUCAAAAAGGCGAAUGUAACGAGGAUGAUAGAAGUUAUAAACGUUCCCGUCUACUGUUUCAUGGUCCAUGCCACCUCAUCCUGUCUCUUCCUCGUUGUCAUCCUCUGGCUCUGCAACACCACUACCAAACCUUACAUCACCGUUCAGGAGUACAUCCUUUGGACCUUCGUUUUAGGGAGGGUGUUGGUAGAGACCCAACAGAUUCAGCGGACUCGUAUGACGGAGUACCUCAGUUCAAUGUGGAAUAUCGUGGAUAUUAUCAGUCUUAUUCUCUUUGUCGCCAUCAUUAUCAUGAGGAUCUCUUUUUAUUUCGCGUUCCAUUAUUUUUAUGAGACUCUUAUUUUAUCGGGGAUAACGAACGGUAUUUCUGUGUACUCUUAUCAUACGGAUAUCAAGAGCGUUAAUACUACAGUAGCUGAAGAAUUACUGAUUCAAGUGACAGUGCCUAAGAUAGGCGCUUACACUGAGAACGAUCUGUUAGCUGUAAUAAAUAUCAUAUACUCGAUAAACUCAAUAAUAGCGUGUACAAGACUGCUGCCUCUGUUCGAGGCGAGUUAUUCGUUGGGGCCACUUCAACUGACUAUGGGAGGCAUGUUGGCGGAUCUCUCCAAGAUAAUCUGCUUGCUUUUCACUGUUAUUUUAGCCUUUUCCCUCGGCAUAGCCAAACUGUACAACAGUCGAUAUUUCUAUCUUUAUGUGAACGGCAACGCUGAUUUGCUUGAUAAUGACAAAGCUCAAUUAAACGAAAUUCAAAAUGACACUCAGCAUAAGCUUCGCAGCAUGAACUGUCUUUACUAUGAGACGUAUAGUGUGGAUAUUCCACCUUGUAAUUUCCAGACGAAUCAUAUCCAGCCUAUAUUAUUUCGAGAUUUCUCGAUGACGUUUGUAACGAUGUUUUGGUCAUUAUUCGGACUAAUUGUACCGGAAAAUAUUGAAUCGCCUGAUAGCACGAGCGAAUACCUUGGUAAAAUAUACUUCGGGGCUUAUAUGAUAAUCGCAGCUAUUCUGCUUAUCAAUAUUCUGAUUGCGAUGAUCAACAACACAUACAAGAAAGUCAUUGAUAACUCGGAUGUUGAGUGGAAGUUUGCUCGAGCCUCGUUGGUUCAGGAGUUUAAAGAGGCCCAUCCUAUAAUCCCUCCUUUUAACCUUGUGACAGUCUUUUGCACGAGCAUAGCAAAGUUUUUAAUUCUUACCUGUGGAAGUGAACGAGCUAAAAGAGCUAUCGAGCACCUAUUGAUAGUGUCUGGUGCUGAGAGCGAGGAUAAUGUUAGAGAAAGGAACGAAAUGGCGUCCAACAAGAGCAACAAAGCUUAUCCCUCCUCUAGUAAACUUAGUGAUGCUGAUAAGUCCUCAGAGAAAAUAGAUGUUGACGUGUUCGAACAACCCAAGGUUGAUAUUCUGCAACAAGUGCUUAUCCGUAUGCUUGUUAAGAGGUACAAGAAAAGUGGCAUGAGUCGUAAGAUGCAGAGAAUGGUCAUCGCUGUUGUCGGAGAUGAAGUGAUGACACUUCCAGCCACAGGCGAUAUUGACGAGGAAGUCGAAGACGACAUCCGAGAACUAAAGGAGAAGAUGGGUAUUGCAACUAUAAAGUUAGAACAACUAUCUGAAGACAUGGCCACCAAACUGACACUGAUAUCAGAAAAACUGAAUUCUCUCGCGGGGGGUGUCCGGAGUGCUACACCUCCCCACACCUUGAACUUAAACACAUCUCCCAGAAAGCUACCCCUGCCCAGAAAUAACAGGCCCCGGUCAAAUAACAUGUGAUCAGCUAGCAAUCACGUGACAGGGUUUCAAUUGUGGUGUGGAGCGUUAAUUUAACUGACGAGGUAUCUUUAAGUAGCUAUCUUCAUGGUGCUGUGAAAGUGUAUUUGUAUGAUUCAGAUCUUGAUAACUAGGCUUCUAGUAGCGAAUGUGGUUAAUUCCAGAUCAAGGUAUUGUCUUUCAACCAAAUAAGUACUCCAAUCUAACGCUUUUUAGUGGUUAAGUUUAUUAUCGCUGCGGUACAGGGAAUCAUGGAGGGGCGUUAUAAUAAUAUUUAGUUUUCAUUUAGAUAAUAUGGCACUAUCUCAGAUAGGUGGAUGGCUUUGCUGGCAAUAUUGUUAAUGCCUAUGUUUCAUGUUUAUAAAUGUUUUAGGCUUAAGUAUCUCAUAAUAGGUUGAAUCCUUGAUAAAGGCGUAAUGAUGAUGAUUGUUUCUAUCAAGCUAUUCGUUAAAAUCGUCAAUACUAAAUAUGUGGUUGCAGCUAGGAGAGCCUAUAUAUCAAAAAUAAUAUUUAUUGAUUGUUGAUGGCAAGAUUAUUACAGUUUUGCGUGUCAUGAUUUUAAAAUUUUACUUGUACAAAAUAUUUGUUGGUAUUAAUAUAAUAUUUAAGAUAAAUCAUUUGUAAAUUAAUAUUUUAUUAAAUCCCUCGAAACGAAACAUAG